CUGAACGUACCCAUUGUGUUCCGGCGGCUACAGAGCCAUAGAAUAGAAUAUACAAAAGGUUAUGCUGCAGUGCAGUACAAAGUCGUGUUGAUUUCAUGGCCCUUAUCCCUGACGAAUUAAAGCUGCUAAUUUUUAAGCAUUUAGAUAGCUUUAACAUAAUUACAUUGGAGAAUGUUUCCCACAAGCUUAAGCAUCUCUCCUUUGAUAAACAACUUUUGAGGAGUUUGUAUUUCUGUAGAGACUAUCGUCUCACAACCUGUCACUGGCUAAGGGCUGUCAUGCCACGUCUGGAAAUCAUUACAUCUCUGAACAUAAAUUGUGUGUAUUGGAUAUCCAGGAGGAACCUUACCAGAUGCCUGUCUUUACCCAUGUUAACUUCACUGUAUGCGCUCGACACUAAAUUACAACUGUACGACAUCUGCUCUAGCAACUUAACAAGUUUAAAUGUACUUGCACUUACGGUCAAAGGUAGCGGUCCUUUUGACUGUCCGUCAUGUAGUGUGUUAAACAAUUUAAAGAGGCUGUGUGUCAUUUUGGAUCGAUCCCAAAUUCACUCGAGCUUUAUAAGGACCUUGAUGGAGAAGUGUAUGAAUGUAGAAGAGUUAUGGUUUUUAGAUUUAUGCUCUGAUUUGGGAUGGUAUCUUCCCUUUUCAAAUAUGUUACCCAUGAAGGUACUAGUUACAACAUACCAAAUACCGCCAAUUUUUCAACCUGCACUAGAUAUUGUAUCGUUUCAGAGCAAUUGUGGCAUUGCAAGGAUGCGAUUUGAAAACAGACAUAAAGAGACUGCCGAUAUAUACAAUUAUGAUUUCUACGAAAAGAUUAGCAAUACAGUAUGGCAUACAUACUUAGGGUAUUUAAGGUGCAAUUUCCCAUUCGGAGUAGAGGAUGCAAAAAAAUUGGUUUACCAAGAAGUAACAUUUGACAAUAUAAAUUUUAAAGAAUUAUCCCUUCAUCAUGGACCAUCUUUCUGCUGCUCUAGAUUAAAAGCCAGCAUACUAUCUAUUUUGAGGCUACCAAAUACCAAGUUUCUUCAAAAGCUCAGUAUUAAUAUUUGUAUUUUUACCAAAGAUAUUCUAACGGCAGACACAGGUGAACCUUUAUCAGAAAAGGGACUUAUAACGUUUGUAUCACAUUUCGAUAGAAUUGCUGAACAUUCUCCUCUAAUUGAAGAAUUGGAGGUUUGGGAAUGCAUUAGUCAUUCAACGAUAAUUAUGACUUCUGCAAUAUGGUCCGCUAUUGGAAAGUUAUCUAACCUGAAAAAAUUAUUCAUAUUUGCUUUAAUACCCAUCGAUGACCAGAAAUGUUUGUUUGAUAUUUGCAAAAAAUUAACAUCUUUGAAACUUACAUUUGCGGGAGGAAUGCAUGAGGAUCUGAGCUUGAUCUUGCCCAAUUUAAAAAUAUUAAGAGAUUUUCGAUUUGAACAAAAAUAUUUACCACUUGAUAGAAUAUUGAAAAGUUUAGCGUCAAAUUGUGCAUGCACACUAGAGAGGGUUGUUCUACUGGGCGAUGUUUGUGACACACUAUCACCUAGUUCUUUUGAAGCAUUUAUUACGAAUAAUCCACAAUUAAAGUUGCUAUAUGUUUGCAUUAGCACCUUUUCUAAAGAUGAUUUGCGCCUUAUUACAACAUAUUUGAAUAGAGUUAAAAUGGAACAGCAAAUUUUUAUUGUAACGAAUUCGAAUCAUGCGCUGCAUUUGGUUCCAGACAGUUAUGUCAUUGAGAUGGUACAAAUAAAUAGUGCAAUUAGUGUGAUUGAUAUAUUUAAUGAUUUUCAUUAAAUCGUGUAUGUUUUUGUAAUGUGUGUAAUAAAAAAUUGCAUUAUGUUCA